UUCGAAGCAAGUAUGUACAUUCGAAGUGCGCGGUAUAAUGUGUACGUGUUAUUUCGCAUACGAGAAGCGAUCAGUGAUUGCGUAUGUUGUAUUAUCUCGCGUCGAUUCGUGAUAGUUUAUCGUCGCUUUUCCAAAUUCCUCGCAUUAACAAUAAUACACACACACACAUACGUACAUUUCACUUGGGAACACUCGACACUCACGAGCAUCAUCUCGAGCAUCAUGUCCUUGUUUAGAAUUGGGUAAACGACAAGGAUGAAAUGAUCCUACGAACAAUUACGAAUGUCGAGUGGAACGUGGAACGUCGUGACGUCACAAGUAAACACCGACACCGGUGUCUCCGCUACAUUACUCUUUCAAGAUCAAAUCGCGCGUGUAAAUAUACAUUAGAAAAGGAUAAGUAUCGCGCGUAAUAUUUCAGAUUGAGUGUGAAAUACGUUGAUGCUUAAUUAUAUAAUCAUGGUUGGAUAAUCGCUCGAUUACCUGAAUUCGUUUUCGAUAACGUGUUCGUGAUUCGUCGUGAAGGUACCGCUUUAUCUUAAAAACUUAUCGUUAAAAUCUGUAAAAUUUGAAUAAAUGUCGGGAGUGAUUUUUGUAAUUGUAUUCGUAUUCAUGUGAAUAAAUUUAUUCGAAAAGCAUUCAAACAUUGCAUCAAAGAGGUUAUAAGGAAUCAGUAAUAAGCUAGAAUUAGUUGGACAAUUAGAUAAUUGGAUGUUUGGACAAUUGGACAGUGGCAAUUGGAGUAGAAUAUCAGAGGCAUUAAUCGACAAUGAGGAAAAUGGUCGUUAUGUUGGCGGCAAUCUUCUCGGCAGGAUGGCAGGUGCGCGACUGCAUUUUGGAGACAAGCCGAGUGUCCGAAUUUCUUGGAGAAGAGGACCAUUAAUUCAGCGCUCUCGGCGAGUAAAGAUGUGGCGAUUACUUCUGUGGACACAUUUCUUGCUGCUAACCGUGCUGCUAGCACCGGUGCAGAAAGUUGCAGCGUGCAGCUGUGCGCAGGCUCAUCCUCAAACCAAAUUUUGUGAAUCAGAUUUCGUUGCCGUGGUGAGAGUGAAGAAGGUGCUCCCCGUGAACGAGUACGAGAUCGCUUACAAGGUCAAGAUAAACAGGGUCUUCAAGUCCAACCCAAAAGCCGACAUAGCUCUGAUGCAAAACCUUUUACGGACUCCGUCCUCGGACGCGAUGUGCGGCGUGACGCUAAAAGUCGGCGAAACAUACGUUCUCAACGGAAGAGUCGUUUCGGGACAAGCAUUCAUAUCGUUCUGCGGGCUCUCGAUAAGAUGGGCCGAUACGACCAGUAGGCAACGCAAAGGAUUACGACAACUCUAUCAACAGGGAUGUGUGUGCGAUAUUCUAUAUACACACUGGAGGCGCAAGGGAGCCGUGCUAGAGUCCAGUGGCGGAAAACGCUGUCUGUGGGAGAGCACACCAGGCCCUCAAGAUUGCCAAGAAAAAUAUGGCGUGUGCAUGGCGGUGCCCGGCGGUUGCUCCUGGGUACCCUCGGUCCCGUACAAAAAUUGCAUCAAAGAAUAUCAGCGUCAACGCGAUCAGCAGAGGUCGCGGGAACCUUAAUCGAUAGCGUGUUCUCGCGAUGGCAGCAGUUCAAUCUAUCAAUCUGUCGUAAAACGACACAAUGCGUGCAUGUUAAUUAAUUUAAUUGAACACGCCGAAGAUAAUUGAGUCAUUCAGAGGCAAAAUGGUAUAAAUAGUGCUAGUGCUUUAAUGGAAAAUUCAGCGAGAUAAAAAACCUGCUCUUUGUUUUUUCCUUUUUGCAUUAUUUAUUAAAAACAAUAAUAUUUAAUAACGGUAAAUUUUUUUUUAUUUGAUAUUUUUAUACUAGCAUUUUCGAAUAAUAUCGAAUUAAAAAAAAAAAGAAUAAUAAUGUUAGAUUCUUCUCAAAAUGAUGGAGGACGGCUUGGUAAAAUUGCAACACUAUUUCUCAGCAACACAAUUAUGUAUAUCGAUUAUUAACAAUGAUAUAUUAAUCUUCACAUAUUAAUUUUUAUAGAUUUUUUAGAUUUUCAUAAACCUAUCGUUUGUUAAAUUAUUUGUGAUUUAGCAACAAAAUCAGAUAAUUUUUAUAGUUUCAUUGACUUGAGAUAUUUACUAUAAUAGACAAAGUAGUUGAUUAUUGGUAAGUCUACCGACGUUAGUGCAAUCGAUUCUUAAUUAUUCGAUUAUUAUUAACGUGAGAUAAGUUCGCAACUUAAGUAUUUACUGUGAAUAGGUCGUUGAUAGCCAAUGUGUUUUGUUACUGAAAUAUAUAUAAGCGACCUACUUUCAUGGUUAUUCUAUCUUAGCAAGUUGUAUAUAUUAUAUUGUUAAUGUAUAUUGCGCAUUAAAUUAUUCAACUAUCGUUUCGUUGUAUGUAGAAUAUAGACGUUAUAUAAAA